AUGAAUGAUGUAUACAAUGUUGCAGUUGUGAAUCAGAGUAGUGCAGCCCAAUGCAUGGAGACUCAAGGCCCUUGCGAUAACUGUGACCAGAAAUGCUUGGCCAAAUACGGGCCAUCGGUCCAUACCCAAUGUGGGAACUCGCAGUGUAUAUGCAUCUACGAGUGUGGACAACCGGCCAAGACUUGCAGCGGUGGGGGUGGUAUGUGUAGUCAGAAUUGUCCUGAGACAUGCUGUGAUGCGAAUUGUGCACAAAAGUUUAAUGGUGGAAAAGGAUACUGCCAGUCGCUUGGUAAUUAUAAUUUGUGCCAAUGCGAGUACCCUUGUUAG